UGGCGGCCGCUGCCCCAGUCGUCGCCCUACUUUAACCAAGCCAACUCUCGGCGCGCUACUAUAUUCCUCGACUUGGCCGUGCGAAAAUGAUUUGAAAUUCGACGAGAUCCGUCAAGACUUGUUCUUAUUACCGCCGAGGGAUAUUCGACCGCGAGAAGCUUUCCGUGCGGUUGAACGGCCAGUUUCGGACUUCCGGGCGGCGGCCGGAAGAGGGCAUCGACGAUUGAUUUUUACCAGUGUUUCUGCGAACCCUUUCGUUUCUUUCGCGCUUUUUUCUUACGCAUUUCCCGCGCAUUUGUUGAUCCGGAAAUUUUUGAAUUUUAACCGCGUCAUCUCCGCGCUGGAUGAGAAAACUCGUGACACGCGUCGGCGGCGAAAAAGGCGGAAAUCCAAGGAAUUCGACCGCUUAGGUGAUUGAUCGCAACCUCACGUAUCGAUCGUUUCAAAGCGGAAGAUUUCAACCGUUCGUAUUUCACGUAUGCGACAUUCGACCGGUGAUCUUGGUGUUUACCUUGCGCCGCGACGACAUUGGAAACUUCGCACAGCAGUCGAGAGACGGAGGCCUUUCAUUCAUUCCUCGUCCUGCUGGCAUCCUGAGGGACACUUUCGGAGCGAAAGGUGCAGGAGUGCGAUGACAAACGACGCUGUGAUUUCGCGGUGAAAACGCGAAGCGCUUCGGAUACGCGGCGACAAAACCUGCGCGAUACCGCGUUGAGAAUUUUAAAAGAACACGGAGGGCACAUAUACACACAUAUCGUACACGUACGUUCGUACGUACGCUCGAAUGAAAGUGAUAUUUACGUGAAAUGACUUGAAAACGAUAUUUCCUGGAAGUUGCUCCGUACGGCGCUCUUCGCUUUUGACACCGGGCUUCUCGAAGAAGUAGAAAGUGAGCCAACGGCCACGAGGCUCGGUAGAAGGAGACGGAGGAGAAGGAGAAAGAGGACGAAGAAGAUGACCAGCGACUCGUCGACUCGCGAUCAGUGGGCCACGCGAGGAACCGUUACAGGAGUUGCGUGAGAGCGACGAGGAUGGAUAACGUAGGAUACAACCUCUAGUGUUAGGACGAAAGGCUUUCAGCCUAGAUUUCGAUUCCCGUGCCGUUUAAUUAAGAACACUUUAAAGGAUCGUAACAAGGCAAAAUAUAUCACACACAGAAAGGAAAAAUAAUUUCGCACAGCUGUUUCGCACUGUGCGGCCUCACUGCGGAUGGUGUAAUUAGCAUCGCACGCCGCUUGUGAAUCGGAUUAAAAACGAAAGGACGUGUAAACGAUGCGAUUUUUCGAUGGUUGUUUGCUGGGGCUGAAAAAGAGUGACUAAACAAAAAGGUGAUGGGAAUAAAUGGAGAAAGAGAAACCGAGGGCUGCUCGAAUAGUGACUAUUUUAUAACAAAUGAGGUACGAGCAUACGAGUAAGUGUCUGAGAAAACGGACGAAACGUCGGCGGUGGAGAUAGUAGCCUUCUGUUUCCCCCGAGUCCUUUUCGGCAGUGAUAGAGUGAGCGGCACCUGUUGCACAAGUGACGAGAGUGACUUCCUCGAUAACGCAUAGAUAACUACCGUACAGUUCCUAUAACAUGUCAGUUUUGGUUCGCCUCGUGACUUUAAAGACUGUUGAGUCGUGAUUUUUUCAUCGUCUUCUGAGUUCUUUUUUAUCCCCGUAUUGGUCGCUUGUAUAAAAGAUACACGGUUGAAUAUUGCAGUGCCUGGUCGCAUCUCGAGAUCGCUUCAACUGUCCGAAAGGAGCAAUUUUUGUUUCUUGGAUGUCUGGUUUUGAGAAAUGAAUUAUGACCCUUACGAGCAGCCCGUGUGAGCUAGACAACAUGAGCUUGUUUCAAGACCUCAAGUUGAAAAGGAGAAAGGUUGAUUCCAGAUGCAGUAGUGAUGGGGAAAGCGCAGCUGACACGUCGACUUCGUCGCCGGACAAUAUGCCAGGCUCGCCGGGCUGUCCAGUGGUCAAAGUGAAGACGGAAUGCAUUCGUAGCAGCCCGAGUCCCGGGACUCCCCGGGAUACUCGGGACCUGCGAGACCUGAGGGGCACGGACACGAGGGAGGUGACGGCCGACCGCGCCUCACCCGACUCCGUCUUCCCCGAGGCGGCGAGCUCCAGGGGUGCUGAGGAGCGGUUUUGCACUCCGGCAGCUAGCGCGUCGCCCGUAUCGCCGCUCCAAAGUCACACCAACGUGUUCACAAGCCCGACCCCGCGUGAAAUUCACCGCGGCGAAACCCCCGAUCGGGGCACGAAUAGCCACUACCUGGUGCAGCCCAAGGAAGAGUCGGACAACUCGGUCUUCGACGGCGGAGGCCGCGGGGAUGGAUCGAGCCACCCUAGUCACCGCACCCCUUCGCCGAGUGUCAAUCGGAUCGAGAGCCCGAGCCCUGGUACCGGCAAUCCCGGUGGCGGUGGGCCCGCCGGUGGCUGUGGUUCUGGUGCUAGUUCCGGUUCUGGUUCGAGUUCGUGUGCCAAUCAGCAGCCUGGACCCCGGCAACGGGCGCCAACGGUCCCUUCCCACAUACUAGCCCAUCAUCAAUUCUGGAGCCAGAACCGUGGCGUUCAGGGCUACGACACAAGACUGCUAAACGGAGUGAUCAGCAGUGCUGUGAACUUUGGACAAAACCUAUCCAGCGCAACCGGUGCGUCGAACGAAGGGAUGAAACCACCUGCUCAAAGAGUCGCCCCGGCUACGCCGCGACCGGCUCCAUCGGUGAUCAUGGGCGAGGUCGGCGGCGUUCGGACGAUGAUUUGGUCCGUGCCACCGUUGGAACCUACGCCAACUCCUACCGCCUCCUGGACAGCGACAACCGCCUCGAGUUCCACGUCCGAGGAGUCAGCGGCCCACGUCCUUCUGAACCUCAGGUCCGAACCGAGGGGGAAACCGCCGGGCACGUCGCAAUCCUUCGGACCCCCGCUGAACAUGGAACGCCUGUGGGCCGGCGAUCUCUCUCAACUCCCCGCUGCGCAGCAGAUCCAAGCACUCAACCUUACCGCGAGUUCCAGCCAGCCUUGGUCGAGAAAUGGUAACAUGGUCACGACGGAGGCACCCUCGCAAACACCAUCGGCGCCGUCUCUUCAGCCUCAGGAACACGAGGAGGAGGAACAGCCGAUGAUAUGCAUGAUCUGCGAGGACAAAGCGACGGGACUCCAUUACGGCAUUAUUACCUGCGAGGGAUGCAAGGGUUUCUUCAAGAGAACCGUUCAGAAUCGGAGAGUAUACACAUGCGUGGCCGAAGGCAUUUGUGAAAUCACGAAAGCCCAACGGAACCGGUGUCAAUACUGUCGGUUCAAAAAGUGCAUCGAACAGGGUAUGGUACUCCAAGCGGUUCGCGAGGACAGAAUGCCGGGUGGUCGCAACUCCGGAGCUGUCUACAACCUCUACAAGGUGAAGUACAAGAAACACAAGAAGACGAACAAGGGAAUGAACGUCGGCGUUGGUCUUGGCGGUACGGGCGGAAUAAAUGGUUCCGGGUCUUUGAAUGCGACCAAGGGUACAAUGGCGCCGACGAUGCUGGAGAAACACAUACAGGCUGCGGCGGCGGCGGCGCAGCAUAAUCAGCAACACGGGCAAUUGGCCGGGGCCCUCAUGCAGCAUCACAAAGGCUCAUCCGGUCCGGAAUCACAGAAUACCUCUCAGCAGCCUGCCUCUGGGCAUCAGAGUGUUCAAGGUCAUCAGGGGCACGCCGGUCACCUCGUCAAUGGUACCAUUCUUAAGACUGCUCUCACCAAUCCUUCCGAGGUUGUACAUUUACGACAAAGGCUAGACAACGCAGUGAGCAGUUCAAGGGAUAGAGCAUUCCCUUUGGACGCAACGCUCGCGAUGAUUCAAACCCUCAUAGACUGUGACGAGUUCCAAGACAUUGCCACGUUAAGGAACUUGGAUGAACUACUGGAUCAUAAGUCAGACUUAAGUGAAAAGUUGUGUCAGAUAGGAGACAGUAUAGUGUAUAAAUUGGUGCAGUGGACCAAGAGGUUACCCUUUUACCUUGAGCUGCCUGUUGAAGUGCAUACGAGGCUGCUCACCCACAAGUGGCACGAAUUGCUGGUGCUCACCACCUCUGCUUAUCAAGCGAUUCACGGGCAACAGAAAUGGACUGGCGUCGGUAGCGACGGCACGAGUGCAGAUUUUACGGAAGAGGUUUCGAAUAACUUGUGUACUCUGCAAACGUGUCUCACAAGUAUGAUGGGAAGGCCAAUAACCAUGGACCAAUUGCGACAAGACGUGGGACUGAUGGUAGAAAAAAUUACGUACGUGACGCUCAUGUUUCGACAGGUGAAAUUAAGAAUGGAGGAAUAUGUGUGUCUAAAAGUCAUCACCAUGUUAUCUCAAGCACGAGAUGGUACAUUGGAAUUGGAACAAAUCCAAGAGCGGUAUAUGAGCUGCUUACGCAGUUUUGUGGAACACAGUGCGCCUCAGCAGCCAGGUCGCUUCCAUGAUCUUCUCGUCAGAUUGCCCGAAGUACAAUCAGCGGCAGCUCUACUACUCGAGAGCAAAAUGUUCUACGUUCCUUUCCUAUUGAACUCAGCAAUUCAAAGAUAGUAAAUAAAUGAAUACCUAAACAAACAAAUAGACUUACGAAAUGAAAGCUUUGUUUGUGUAUGUAUAAUAACUAUAUAAUAUAAAUGUGUGUGUUCGUUGCGUUGUACAAAACUAAAACUAAAAAACAAAAAACAAAGAAAAAAAAACAAAGGAACUGAACUUUUUUACCAAAACUAGAAGACUAUAUUUCUGUACGCAGCUGCGCAACUACGUCAUGUGUGUUCACAUUGCAUAAUCCGAUUAAUAAGACUCUCGAAUGCUCACCAUUGGUCACGUCACACCCACAUCUCAACCACAAUCUCCACAUCUGACGUGAUAUACUACAUUUCUAUGGAUCAACUCGACUCUUUUCUAACUUUAUCAACUCAUAAUAUCGAUACAAUCAUCGUAAUUAUAUACAUAAAGCAUUCUUUUGUAUCUAGCAUCUACUGUGUUAUACUGCCAUUAGUGCAACGAAGCCAUUGUUUUGCUUCCUUUACGUCUCGUCUUUCAGAAUAAUAAUAUCCACCCUAUCUCUAGUACUAAAAACUCUACAGCUUUGUGGCCAACAAGUAUUUUUCGUUACCAUUUUGCGAUACACAGUUAAAUCGUUUAUUGUCUCUAUGUUAGGUUCACUUGACGUGUUACAUUUAAAGGAAUUUUAUGCGGGCUCUGAUCUAGGUAUCAAGCUGUAUCGGAAUAGUAUUUAACGAUGUAAGCUAUUUCUUGGUAUAAUUUGGUUCUUGUACUGGAUACUCGUCAAAAAGUGCCCAAUGUUCCAAUAUUAUUCCGAUUAUUAUUGGCAUAUUUUCUAACAUAUGCAUAGUUUAAUCUCGUCAAAACAAUGAUGGAAUUGCCCAGGUGAUAGAAAUCUUGGCCUUGCUUUGCGAAAGAGAGUAAUUGUUGUGACAAGAAACAUUAAUUGAAAAAUUAGGCAGGGACGCGGGAAAAAUGCCAAUCCGUCUAACGGAAAAUUCAAUUUUUGGAAUUCCUUCUCGGCAAACGUCAUUCAAUAGUUCCGUUGGAAGAUUGUUUAAAACCUGUGGAUAUUGUCAUUUCAAUCAAAAGGCGAUAGUUUCCAUCUCAUACAGUGUUCCCGUAAUAGUUUCCCAUAGCGCGUGUAAAAAAGGGAAGUCGCACACCUUGUUCUUCUCUUUCACGUUUUUUGUCUAAUCACAAUAAGUUGCAAAUAUGAAUACCCUAAUUGCGACGUUUGACCGAACAGAUCUAAAUUUUCGAAUUACUAAAAAAGUAUAAUAGUCAAAAUAAUAUUUUAAUCAUAACCUCAUACCCACAUAUGCUAAGUUCGUAAUAAUAUUUUACGUUUUUUACAUUUAAAUCUCAAAGUCAAUUAGGAUGGUGAAAUUAAAUGAGAAGAUCUAGAAAACGAAUUUCCCAUUACGUUUCAAUGCCCCGUUCAAAUCGAGAACCAUAGAAAUAUACGUAACUGAAAUAUAAAUAUUUUACGUUUGUACGAGUUUUUCACCUUCAGAAAAAAAUAUUCACUUAACUUUCAACCCCAACGCUUGAAGCAGGUCAUCCACAUUUUCCAGCUUGAUAUGCUACACAGAAUAAAAUUAAAAUAGCCCACUUGAAUAAAUGCAGAAGCGAAAAGAAUGUAAUAACCGUAAGUGCGAUGUUGCAAAGUACAUUUACAUAGAAGUAUUUAAAACACAAUAAAUCUGCAUACGCCUUUGUAUGCAUAUGAAUCUUCAAAGCAAAUCAAUUAUCCUGCCAAGCGCUGAGGACUUGGACAUCUGAAAUAAUUACUCAUUUACCGAAUAAACUAUUGCAAAAUGUCGAAUCUGUAACAAUUAGCAUUUUGGUGAUGGUACAAAUUUACACUUUAAAAUUUAUUCAGUGGUUCAGAUUCACCAAAUAAAUAAGAAUCGUUGUAGAUAAUUGAGAUAUCAGGAUCCAAUAAUACGAGUAUAGAUAUAAUUUCAAAUGACAUAUCUUUUCGACAUAGCACUACAGGAUAUUGCAAGCGACGUAAACAUUUAUGUGUAAUCUGAACUUUGAGAUAACUGAUCGGGUAUGCUUAUAUAACAUCAAUAUUAUUGACAAUAGUUAUUAAUAUUCUCAAGUCAAUUCCACUCGACGACGAAUGAAUUGGAUUGAAAUAGCAGUGAACCUAACAUAAUCAAUAACUGACAAUUCAAUACAAGUUUGGGUAUUUUUUGGCGAGCAUCUAGUACAGGCACUGUGUUACACCAUACACAGAACAAUACUGUGCUUUAAAUAAACUAUUUUAUCUUUGUGAAUUUUUGUACCUAUACCAGACACUCGUCAUAAAACACCUACAGUUACCAAUUAUAUUGAUUAAAAUCGUCAGUAAAUCAUUAUAUUUAUUAUUUCUUGCUAAAGUUACCACAGUAAAUGUCAUAGUAUUACUAAAGGUUGGACGCAUCUGAAUUCUGACUACAUAUAUUACGUGUAUAGUAAAAUGUGAAUAUGCUACAUGUUUCUCUUGAAAAAAAAAUAUAAAUGGUGAUCUCCUUUUAUAUCGUUAUUACAAAUUUUGUGCACUGAAACAAACAUAUGCGGCAUAGCUCAAACCACGCGAUACACAACUGCGGAUUUAAAUGGGUUUGCAAAAUUCCCAUUUCAUUUUCAUCACGUUA